CCGAGAUGGUGCAGCCCUUCGCCAUUAACUUUGUGUCUCUUGCAUCGAUUGACUCUCGAAGCUACAGAUUAACCAGGGAAUUGCCAUGGCGUAUAUUGCGCCCAUCCACCGCCCAAGCAGCGUCCGCCAUGCCCUCAAGUUGAACUUUCUGACUUCAGAUGAGGACUGCCUGGUCGUCGCCAAAGCUAAUAGGCUUGAGUUCUACACGCAAAACGCCGAUGGAUUGGCUCUCCAGCACUCCAAAGCCAUCUAUGGCAAAGUCACCAUGCUCCAGAAGCUCCGUCCAGCUCUGUCAUCAACCGACCAUCUCUUCGUGGGGACCGACCGAUUCAUGUACUUCACUCUCUCAUGGAACGCAGAGAAGAAGCAGCUCCAGACAGAGAAGUCUUUUGCCAGCGUUGCCGAUAAUGCAGCAAGGGAAUCGCAGACUGGAGAGAGAUGUCACGUCGAUCCCACCGGACGGUUCAUGACAGUUGAAGUCUACGAGGGCAUAAUCACCGUUAUACCACUGGUACAGAGGGGAAAGAAGAGGAAGCAGGAGGCCGACAUUGCUCAUCUUGGGGAGCCUCAGCCGGUCCGACUGUCAGAGAUGUUUGUACGCUCAUCAGCAUUCCUACGGCCAAAAUCACACGACGACAAACCAAAGCUCGCACUUUUAUACGAAGACACACACAGCCAGGUCAAGCUCAAGGUUCGCGAGCUGUCUUUUGCUGGCGGGGAUUCUGUAGAGAUAGAGGAGGGAGAGAAUUGCAGAGCAGAUCUCGAGCUGGGUUCCAGUCAUCUCAUACCGCUCGAGGAACCUUCAAGCGGGUUGAUAGUGAUUGGAGAGACUUCCAUUGGAUACUACGACCAUGAGACUGGAGAUCUGCAGACCGAACCACUCGACGAGGCGACCAUCUUUGUAGCCUGGGAACGCAUUGACGCACAACGAUUCGUACUAGCUGAUGACUAUGGCCGCUUGUAUCUCUUCAUGCUGACCCUCGAUGGAGAUAACAGAGUCCAAUCGUGGAAGCUGGAUGUUAUCGGACAGACAUCUCGAGCAUCAGUUCUCAUAUAUCUAGACGCAGGAUACGUUUUUGUCGGAUCGCAUCAAGGCGAUUCUCAGGUUAUUAGAAUCGAGGAAAAGGCAAUGGAGGUUGUGCAAACAUUUUCAAAUAUCGCUCCGGUCCUGGAUUUCACCAUCAUGGAUAUGGGAAACAGAUCUGGCGAGGGUCAGACAAACGAAUACUCAUCCGGCCAAGCUAGAAUUGUUACGGGAAGCGGUGCCUAUCAAGAUGGAAGUCUCCGAAGCGUUCGUAGUGGAGUCGGUCUUGAAGAUCUUGGUGUGCUGGGGGAGAUGGAGCAUGUUUCUGGGCUUUUUAGUCUCAGGUCGAACGCCUCCGUUGAUAACGAUGACACCCUUCUAAUUACCUUCAUCGACGAAACGCGUGUCUUCCGUUUCGAUCCCGAGGGCGAGGUAGAAGAGGUAGAACAGUGGGCAUCACUAAUGGUAGACGAGACCACUCUUGCUGCGGCGAACAUAUCGCAGGGCCGGAUACUGCAGAUCACAGACAAACGGGCUCGAAUCUGCGAUCUAGAAGAUGGCUUCAUGGUGUCCGAGUGGGUACCCACUGGUGGACAGACAAUUACAGCAGCAUCUACCAACGACAGCCACAUACUGGUCUCGUUGGGCGGUGUCGCUGUUGUUUCGCUAAGCCUGGAUGACGGAUUGAGGGUGGUCAAGGAGAAGACUUUUGGCGUGGAGAGCCAGGUGGCUUGCGUGGCACUCCCACCUGGCUCGAGUCCAAUAUGCUUUGUUGGAUUUUGGAAAAACUCGCAGCUUGCCAUCUGCUCCCUCGACACAUUGGAAACCAUCAAAACCGUUCAGGUCUCAGAGGACUCCGUUCCACGAUCGCUGUUGCUCACUCAGAUAUUCCCAGAGCAGCCACCCACUCUCUUUGUCGCACUAGCAGAUGGAAACGUGGUGACCUAUUCUUUUGACCCAUCAGGCAUCGAACUGUCGGGUAGAAAGAGCAUAGUUCUUGGAACACGCGAAGCUACAUUCCGUGCUCUACCCCGUGGCGAUGGGCUCUAUAAUGUGUUUGCGACUUGCGAACAUCCUUCGCUCAUUUACGCCUCAGAAGGACGUCUGGUGUACUCCGCUGUCACAGCAGAGAAAGCAACGACUGUCUGUCCAUUCAACGCGGAAGCGUACCCUGGCUCCGUAGCCAUCGCAACUUCAGGAGACCUACGCAUCGCACUGGUAGACACGGAACGCACAACCCAUGUACAGACCCUCAAGUUCGAUGAGACUGUCCGUCGAAUAGCAUAUUCGUCAAGCCUGAAAGCUUUCGGCCUAGGCACAAUCAAGCGGAUACUAAAGGGCGGCGAAGAGAUCCUAAUGAGCCACUUCAAGCUCGUCGAUGAGAUACAAUUCAAGGAACUCGACACCUACCCUCUCAACGAAGAAGAGCUCAUCGAGUGCGUGAUACGCUGCAAACUCCCUGAUGGCUCUGGCUCUACUGCCGAGCGCUUCGUCGUCGGCACAGCCUAUCUCGACGACCAGAACACAGCCGCAGAACGAGGUCGCAUCCUCAUCCUCGAAGUCACGCCAGAUCGACAACUCAAGCUCGUCACCGAACUCGCCGUUAAAGGCGGCUGCAGGUGUCUCGCCAUAUGCGAAGGCAAGAUCGUAGCCGCGCUCAUCAAAACAAUCGUUGUGUACGACGUCGAGUUCAAAACGCAAAGUAAACCCGACCUCGUCAAAACUGCAACCUUCCGCUGCUCAACAGCGCCUAUCGACAUCACAGUCAACGGGUCCUGCAUCACAAUCGCAGACCUGAUGAAAUCGCUCGUCAUCAUCGAGUACCAGAAGGGUGACGCUGAGCAGCUAGACAAACUCGUCGAGGUCGCUCGACACUACCAGGUUACGUGGGCGACAGCUGUGGCAGAGGUAGACGAGAACACCUAUCUGGAAAGCGACGCUGAGGGGAAUCUGAUCGUGCUGUAUCGCGAUCCCAACGGCGUCACUGAUGAGGAUAAGAAAAGAUUGCACAUGAGUUCUGAGAUGCUGCUCGGCGAGAUGGUGAACAGGAUACGUCGCAUUGACGUUGCAACUGCAGCGGACGCGGCGGUUAUCCCGAGGGCGUUUAUGGGGACUGUUGAGGGCUCCAUCUACCUCUUCGGUCUCAUCUCUCCAGACUACCAGAACCUGCUCAUGACACUGCAGGCCAACCUGGGCACCCUUGUCGUCGCGCCAGGAGACGUCGAUUUCGCAAAGUACCGCGCAUACAAAACGCAGGUCAGAGAAGAAGACGAACCGACGCGCUUUGUGGACGGAGAGCUGAUAGAAAGGUUCCUGGACAUUGACGAGGAGCUGCAGAAGAAGGCUUGCGAGGGCUUGGGCGUCGAUGUCGAGAGCGUGAAGGGUUUGGUUGAGGGGCUGAGGAGACUGCAUUAGAGACUGAUAAGUAGGGAGGUGGGAGAGCGGUAUUUCAACAUAAUUCUUUGUUCUUCAUUAGAUGUUACAACGCCUUGGGAGGCAGUUAGGUGCCGAGUUAUGAAAAUCAAAAAUUACCACGCCGGAACUC